GAAGAUCUGCGCUACUCCGAGUUGUGGAAACUCUUUGAUCGCCACCGACUACUGGACUUGUUGAAAGAAGGCUCGAGCAGUGACUUCUUUUAAUAUUUGGACUUUCUCCGCCGUGUCAAGCGUCGUUUUUCUAUGAACCUUGGAUUUGAGAAACCAUUGCUUGAGGCAGCAGCACAUUUGUGUGAAUUAGCGGCUCCGAAAAGAAACCAUAUCUGGUCAAAGUAUUCAGCUGUCACAUGCGCUAUAUAUAGUGUGGGAUAAGCGCUGACUGAAGUCCUGUGGUUGGGGGGCUCAACUGUUCCUGCCUUUUUUCUUUUCUUUUCUUUUCUUUUCUUCUGUCCUCUUCUUCCCUUUUAUCUUAUUCAUCAUGUUCCAUAAAGAGAUGGAGAAAUACCGGGAUGUGGAUGAGGAUGAGCUCUUGCAGAAACUCAGUGAAGAGGAGCUCAGGAGACUUGAGGAUGAACUUGAAGAGCUUGAUCCUGAUAACGCACUGUUGCCAGCAGGAUUCAGGCAGAGGGAUCAGACUAAGAAAGCUCCGACCGGAACUUUCCAGAGAGAUAACCUUCUAGCUCACCUGGAGAAACAAGCCAAAGAACAUCCAGACCGAGAUGAUCUUGUUCCCUACACUGGCGAAAAAAGAGGAAAAGUGUGGGAGCCUAAGACGAAAGUUGUUGACCCUAUCCUGGAAGAUGUCACUCUGGAGCCUGAACUAGAAGAGGCGCUAUCUAGUGCUACUGAUGCAGAAUUGUGCGAUAUAGCAGCCAUCUUGGGUAUGCACACACUGAUGAGCAAUCAGCAGUAUUAUGAAGCACUGGCCAGCAGCACUAUCGUCAACAAGCAGGGUUUGAACAGUGUAAUCCAGUGUACUCAGUAUAAGCCAGUGCCAGAUGAACAGCCCAAUGACACAGAUGUAGAGGAAACACUACAGAGAAUCAAAAGCAAUGAUCCAGAUCUUACUGAGGUCAACCUAAAUAACAUCAAGAAUAUUCCAGUCCCAACUUUGAAAGCAUAUGCUGAAGCUCUUAAAGGGAACAGUGUUGUGGAGCGCCUGAGCAUCGUUGGCACCAGAAGUAACGAUCCUGUAGCCUUUGCACUAGCAGACAUGCUGAAAGUGAACACCACUCUGAAGAGUCUAAACGUGGAGUCAAACUUCAUUACUGGAGCUGGAAUUCUGGCACUCGUGGAAUCCUUAAAGAGCAACACUACACUUCAGGAACUAAAGAUUGACAAUCAGAGCCAGCCUUUGGGUAAUAAGGUUGAGAUGGAGAUAGCUAAUAUUUUGGAGAAGAACACUACUCUGCUGAAGUUCGGAUACCACUUCACCCAGCAGGGCCCACGCUUGCGUGGAUCUAAUGCCAUGAUGAGCAACAAUGACCUUGCACGUGUAAUUCGGUCGGACGCAGAUGGCGCGAUCACAUUCACUCUGUCUGUCCCUGAGCUGGAAAGAGCCUUCUGUAAAAAGUUCAAGUUCACGUCAAAACCCAAUAAGAAAGAGAAGGCUUGAAGGAGGGCCCAUCUUUCCUAAAUGUCGGACAAACGUGUAGCAGCAGCAGCGGGAACCCUCUAUGGCCUGGGACCUGCACCAGCAUACUGUACAUCACAUCACACCCCAUCUCAUCCCAUAUCCUCCCUCCAUUUCUGUCCCUUUCACAGGUAACUCACAGGGUCAUCUAAAGAAAACAUAUUCAAUUCAGAAUGCUGCUUUUUUUUUUUUUCCCAAAGCCCCAGAUGUGGAAACUCGAAGGUACCACUCUGUUUACCAGACACAUGGUUACUCAUGGCGGAGUGUUUUAAAAAUGUGUAAACUACCUGCCAAAACAUUAGUAGGGAAAAAUCACCUACUUGUGUUGAUGGAAGCCAUCAGAUGAAAAUGACGCUCAGUUUAUCACAAUGUUCUCAGCUGACAUAAUCCUCAUGCUGUAAACAGUUUGACCUUAAAGCCAGUCAUUUUGCUGUGUUUGGAUGCACACCAAGAGCAUCAAACUUCAAACUUGACUGAUUGUAGCUGUGGUUUUGCCUUGUCCAGGCCAGUUUGAGUCUCACUAUAGUGGUAUUACUCGCACAUGUCGCAUAGAAGCAUGUUUUUACUGUGUGUUUUUGGGAUAUGCUGUAAUUUUGACAUGUUCUUCUCUUUAAAUGUUUAACAACUGGUAAAUUUGUAGCUCUACAAAUGAAUUAUUGGCAAGUCACUGUACUGUGGUUUCUAGUAUGCGCAUUUGACUGCAGAAUCAGGUGAUCUCCACUCUCCGCGAAUACCAAUGGAAGUGCAUUGUUGGUGCAUAUUUGUCGCCUCAGAUCACCAACUCACAUUGAAAAUGAAUGCAAAUUCAUUUUGCGAAUUGAUCACCUGAUAACAAUACAAAAUCCAAGCUCUAUGUAUUUGCACCGCUCCAGCAUAUUUAUGAAAUUAUUUAUAGAUUUUAUAUUCUUUGUUUGAUGAGGGAAAACCUCUGUUUCAUGUUCAGGACAAGCUGUAUUUUCUUUUCCACGAUUAUCAAUAAUAUCUCUCUUUUAACAGUCUCUUUCUAUGAUAACCACUUAUCAUAAAAGGAAUGUGAUUGACUUGUAAACAGUGUUCUCUGUAGUAGUCUUCCUCAUUCAAUGCCUUUUACUCUUGGGUGAGGAUCAUAACACACAAUAGCUGCGUUUCCACCGCAGGAACUUUCACCAGGAACUAGGGACAUUGGGGUGGUACACAGAGUGUUUCGACCGCAGGCACCAGGGUCUAAAUGAAGUUCUGGGUCCCUCAGAAAAACCCUGCUCACAAGGUAGUACUUUUGGUGCGCUCAAGUCCUCCUGGGAAGUUCAUAUUUACCAGGUGGGAAGUUGUUUACAACGUCAGGUGUGUUCAUGUCACUCUUAUCGGAGCAAGAUGGCGGUGUACCUUCUCUUAAUUAACUACACAAAAAUACUUGGGCACUGAACAUGCUGAUUGGUUGCUGAGUUCACACAGCAUUUUGAUUGGUUGACUUCAUGCAGCAUUUUAUUUCAACCACCAUUUUUAAGUCUGUUGCGGUGCGUGCAGUAAAAGUAUUACUAUGAAUGGGAGAAAGUGAAACGCGCAAUGCACAAUAUGGUGGAAUAAGUCCCGCCUUCAAAGUAAAAGUACCAGUCACUGAUUGGUGAAGUCAUCGCAUCACUUCAGCUGCCGUUAGAAGCUCUGGUUGCUAUAAAAACAGUCAGUUUUCUGAGACGCACACUUAGGACUGCGCAUGCGCGUUAGCUUGGUCCAGUCUGAAAAAUGCAUUUUUUUUUGUCAUGAUUUGAGUGUUUAGAAGCAAAAUUUAUGAGACAGUUGUUGUCAGAUUUCAUUGUUUUUUUCAAAUAUGAAAUUUAAUCGUAAGCUUGGCGAAAAGUUUCAAAGAUGGUCGCCGAGUGAAAUGACAUGUCUUAAAGGGACUUUGCUUUAGACCACAAUGGAAAUGCAGACAGCAACAGAUCUGGGGGAAAAAAAGUUCUUGGGACAAAUUGUUCCGGGUAAUUUCGGUGGAAAUGCGGCUAAUAGAAAAAUUAUCAUAAAACAAUUUGUAUUGUUGUCUAUGCCUGCUCUCACGAAGUAACAUCCAGGUUAUUCUUUACCCAGAAUCUAAAUAUAGCACAGUACUUGCAUGGUGCUUUGAUAAUAUUAUAUAUGUAUUAUUAAACCACCAUGCAAGUAUUGUGCAUUGUGAUGGCAAUUAAGCACAUUUUCUCCUGACUUCUCAUCAUAGUAAUUUUACUGUAAAAUAACUGUCAAAGUAUAAUUCAGUACAACAAACACAAUUGUACUUAACAAUUUAUAUAAUAUAAUUAUUUAGCAAAAUAUAAUUUGUUUUUAAUGCAUCUUGAUUUUGAGAUGAAAUGUGACCUGGUCAUUUUUUGCCAGUUUUUGUGAGACUAGGCAUCAUUUGCAGUGAUUUAGCAGGGUGUGUGUGUAUGUGUUUCUCAGAUAUUUGUUGUCCGUGAUCAGGCCUUACUCCUUUCGCACUCUCCCAGCACAGUAAAAGUCAGAAUGUUUUAUGGAUGUAAACAUUUUCCUACUGUUUAAAGGACAGAACAUUUAUAGGACUUUGUCUUGUUCAGAACCAAAAAGGGAAAAUUCACUGUUGAUUGUCUUGUCCCGUGUUUGGAAGCAGGCCCAUAAUCAUUGCCAUAGAGUGCCUGGGCUGGUGCACAUAUGUACAUUUUGUUAGUGCACCUUACUGUAUGUGGUUUAUUGAGUUAAUAAAGAUUGACAAAGUUGCGUGGAAA